AUGGGAAAGGUACACGGAUCUUUGGCACGUGCGGGUAAAGUGAGAGGACAGACACCGAAGGUAGCGAAGCAAGAUAAGAAGAAGAAACCAAGAGGACGUGCUCACAAGCGUCUUCAGCACAAUCGCCGUUUCGUUACCGCCGUUGUUGGUUUCGGUAAGAAGAGAGGACCCAACUCUUCUGAGAAGUAGAAAGAUGGAUAGAUAUGUCUGGAAAGAGAACUUCUCAUAUGGGCUUAGUUUGUAACCUUUUUUGAAAAUCCUUUUCGUCUGUAUUAGUCAUGUUUCUUUGGUAAACUUUAUAUGUUUUGAUUGCAUGCUAUGAAAUACGAUUUUAAUUUUGAGUCUCAUGAUCAGCUUCCAACACAAACAAACCAUGUUUAAAAUCAUUUAGUUUAUAUUCUGAGACUAAUAACCCGACAAGGGUCUUUUAUGGUUUGGAAAUAUGCAAACCAGAUGAUAAAUACAAGUUGUAGUAAAACCAGACUGUGGUUUCAGAGUUCGUCACGAGAGCCUUUGUUUGAGUCUCUGAGGUAUUGUACGGCCAUCGAUGCAUGGAUUGCAGCACCGUACGGAAGCGCAUCUUCGUUGACUCUAUAGAGCGAUGAAUGAAAAGACGCAUAACUUUUUGUGUCAUCUUGCAUUCCAAGGAAGGAGAAAUGGCCAGGGAUUGCUU